AUGACAUCAGUUACCCCAUACAAUAUCGCCGUUCCGGACGAGCAACUCCAGCAGCUCCGCCAGAAGCUGGAGCACACCACCUUCCCCGAUGAGCUUGAUGCUUCAGGGUGGGAUAUGGGCGUUCCUUUACUUGAAAUGAAAAGACUCGUCGCCGUGUGGCGCGAGCAGUUUGACUGGCGUGCGCAAGAGCUGAAGCUGAAUGAACAACUCAAGCAAGUCAAUGUUCGAGUAGGAGUGGAGGGCUUCGAGGAACUGAAUAUACAUACCGUGCAUCAUCCGAGCGGAAAUUCAAAAGCAAUUCCAUUGCUUUUUAUUCAUGGGUGGCCUGGCAGCUUCCUCGAAGCCACCAAGCUCAUCCCCCUUCUCACUAAGAGUAACGGGGAUGGCCCAGUAUUCGAUGUCGUGGCACCUUCAUUGCCCAAUUUUGGAUUCUCGCAGGGCGUCAAGAAGAGAGGAUUCGGGCUGGCACAAUACGCCGAAGCUCUACACAAAGUGAUGGUGGCACUAGGCUACGAGGAAUACGGCAAGCACUAUCUGCGCCCACCAAAAGAGACCAACUAA